ACCCCAAGUCUACCCGAUCCAAUCCAUAAAAUAAAAAUGCAAAACCUCUGCUUUUCCCACGUACCUCUCCCAAUGGACACCAACCACCAAGCUCGGUCCUCUCCUUAUCUUCCUCAACCCCCCACUUCCGCCGCCGUUCCUCCUUUCCACCACCUUCUCCAGCAGCAGGAGCAGCAGCAACUCCAAAUGUUCUGGUCUUACCAGCGCCAUGAAAUCGAGCAGGUUAACGACUUCAAGAACCACCAACUCCCCCUCGCUCGCAUCAAGAAGAUCAUGAAGGCCGACGAAGAUGUCCGCAUGAUCUCCUCCGAGGCCCCCAUUCUCUUUGCCAAGGCUUGCGAUCUUUUCAUAUGGGAACACACCAUCCGCUCCUGGCUUCACGCCGAGGAGAACAAGCGACGCACGCUUCAGAAGAACGACAUCGCCGCCGCCAUUUUCAAUUUCCUGGUGAUAUCGUGCCCAGAGAUGAGAUCAAUGAAGAGGCUGUUUUUGGGUGGGAUGGUGGGGGCUGCCGUCAGUGGGGUGCCCUACUUUUAUCCUCCCAUGGGUCAGCCUGGUGGGAUGAUGAUUGGGAGACCAUCCGUCGACCCCACCGCUGGUAUUUAUGGUCAGCCUCCUUCCCAGGCAUGGCAGAGUGUCUGGAAGACGACCGGGGCGGAGGAUGCCUCCUAUGGAGGCGGAGGUAACGAAGCUGAGGGGAAUGUUGACGGGCAAGGGUAGGUUUAAUGUUGGUUGAUUUUGAGAAUUUUCAAUUUGAAGGUUGUUUUUGUAUUAAAGUAAUUUUGUCCAUCCAGACUUGCUAAUGUUGUUUUUGUUAAGCUAAGCAA